CCGUCACGCUACGUUAGAACCACAGAAGAAGACGCGGCAGCAGAACCCGGAAGUGUCUGACGGAGCAGCCCAGCCUGAUUAGCCUGCAGGCUAACGCUCUCUGACAUGAGGUUUCUCAGCUGAACAGUGUGUGACCUCAGCGGGCGUUGCCGUGGGCGAUGGCUCUGAUUGAAGGAGUAGGAGAUGAGGUGACGCUGCUGUUCGGCUUCCUGCUGCUCCUUUUGGUGCUGCUGCUUGCCUGGAUCUCUACCCGCACCUCUGAGCCCCCAGAACACCUGUUCACCUCCGGCACAGGCUCCGCCCCUUCACUGGGGACCAGCCCCGUCCACCAGGACACCCCCCCCUCCUCCACCAACACCAUUUCCUCUUCAUCCUCCUCACCCUCGAGCUCUGUGAAUAACAGCUCUCUGACAGAAGCUCUGCCCACAAACACCUCCACCCAGGAGAAGGGGGAGGGGGCAGGGAGGCAGGAGGGGGGGGAGGGGAGAGGAGGAGAUGGUAUCAGAAAUAGAGGAGAAGGAGGAGGAGGAGGAGGAGAAGAAGAAGAAGAGUCUCAGAGGAACAUGGUGGUCAGACUGAAGUUUCUGAACGACACAGAGAGAACUGCUCAGGUCAAACCACAGGACACCAUUGGCUACAUCAAACGGACCUACUUUGCGGGUCAGGAGCAGCAGGUCCGGCUCAUCUAUCAGGGUCAGCUGCUGCAGGACGACGCUCAGACUCUUGCCUCUCUGAACCUGGUUCAUAACUGCGUCCUGCACUGUCACAUCUCUCAGCACGCCGGUCGGGGAGUGGCCGGGGGGCCGCGGCCUGCCGACCAGGUGCAGGUUGCUCUGAACGUGGGCAGCCUGAUGGUCCCCCUGCUGGUCCUCAUGCUGUCGGUGCUGUGGUAUUGUCAGAUCCAGUACAGGCAGUUCUUCACUGCCCCGGCCACCGCCUCGCUGGUCGGCGUCACCAUCUUCCUCAGCCUGGUGGCCUUCGGAGUCUACCGCCGCUAGGUGCUCUCUGAUUGGCUGCUGCCUCUGCCUGUGUGGUGAUGUCGGCAGUUCAGGCGCAGCUCUCUCUCUGUGACCUCUGACCUCAGAGCCUCAAGAGACUUGAAACAGACACUGAUAGUUCAUUUAUUUUUAUUUUUUCUGUUGCCAUGAAGACGCUGAGUGUUAUGAGGACUUUCAUUUUAAUUUGUUUGUUUUUUAGAUCACGUUUCUCUGUAGGUUUCUCAUCAUCGUGCCUCGUUUACUUUCUGGUUUGUUUGGUUCUUUCUGCUCCUGGAGGUUUCAGACCAGUGCCAGACUGUAGCCCGGACCAGUACCAGCCUGUAAACCCGACCCGUCUGUCUGCUGGAUGGAAAGUCUUUUAUGUCAAUUACAGCUUUUGAAGAGAAAGACAUUCUAUUAAAUGGUUUAUUUAUCUUGUU